AUGGAAUCCCCAUACACACUGAAUCGAGGUCCUGAUCCUGGCGAGGAGCAGCGCCUCCAUAAUCAGCAUUAUAAUAUGUGGAUGCCAGUUACCAAACAUCUUUUGCCGCCUCACAUUUUUGGUGGUCUGGUGAAGCUUGACCAUCCUCCCGCUAUAGCUGAUCUUGCCACUGGCACUGGUAUUUGGCUUCGAGAUCUUGCGGCCAAAUUACCCAGCAAUGCACGUCUAGACGGCUACGACUACGACCCAUCGAAGUUCAUUGAAGCUUAUGAGCUACCUAAUAAUGUUCGACUUUUCCCCGGGGACAUACUUAAACCGUUCCCUGAGCGAUUGCGGGCGCAGUAUGAUGUGAUUCAUGUACGAAUGCUCAUACUUGGCCUCAAAGCCGUCCAAUGGGCAGAAGCAGCUCAAAAUAUCAAGAUGCUGCUGCGACCAGGAGGUUGGCUUGUGUGGGAGGACUAUGGACACUCAGGAAUUACAUGUGUGCCCGUGACAAAGGAAUUUGCGCUGUGGAGCAACGCUGAAGUGCAGUACGCCCGCUCUGUUGGCAGAGAUAUUAUAGCCCCAAUGCGACUACUAAGCCAAAUUCAAGAAUCUGGAUAUGUCAAUUGUCAUGAGAGCAUCUAUCAUAGCUUUGGUUUGCCGGAAAACCUUCGUAAAACCACUGGACGACUUUUCAUGGCCGCUGCACGCCAAAUUUUAAAAGGCACACUUGAUAAGACUGGAUCGGCAAUUGUUACAUCUCACGAUGAGGUAGAUGGGAUAGUUGACAAGACCACCGGCUCCAAGACCAAUAAUCUGUCCGGACAAGGGCUGUCAAUUGCCUUUAAAUACUGCCUGCAUAAACAGCACUCCAACCAACGAUCUGCAGUAUUAGACGUCAAUGACUACCAGAACAUAUUAUACAUUAUGGAUCAAUCAUUUGAAAUUAUUACACCCGGAGAUUCCGUGGCUGCGGACAAUGGUGACAUUGUUAUGCUGAGCCGUGAUGACGUGAGCGAUUUCAACGAAGAGAAUAUCCUGCCUCAGACGCCCGAGACUCUCAGCAAAAUCAAGCAAUGGCUUUGUCCAACUGACUAUGCUGCGGUCAAUGGAGAAUUCUACAAGCACCUGAGUUCCCAUGUUGCUGGAACAGGCGACUGGCUCUACUUAACGGAUGCUUACAAGCAAUGGCAUGAUUCGGAAGCCGAGGGGAUACUUUGGCUCAAAGGCAUCCCCGGUUCAGGAAAGUCUGUCUUCGCCGCUAGAUCACUUCAGCGACUGCAAGUAGAAGGUGUUCCAGUUCUCUAUUUCUUCUUCCGACAGAUCAUCCGCGCCAAUUAUGAGCCAACAGCUCUGCUACGAGACUGGCUUGUCCAGAUUCUACCCUACAGCCCGCCGCUCCAAGCCAGACUCAAGGAGUACCUUGACGAGCGUCGAACAAUUGAGACGCUGUCCAUUACGGACCUGUUCAGAGACCUUCGGCUAGCGUGUACAUACGUGCCCAAGGUCUACUGCGUUGUAGACGCUCUGGACGAGAUGAACCUUGGCAAUGACCAGUUUCUGCACGAGUUGGCCAAAUUCGCGUCUUGGCAGCCGCCCAAGAUUCGAAUGAUUAUAACAAGCAGACCCGUACCUGCAGUUGAAACACCACUUAGACCUUACCCGACGGUACAAAUUCGCCUCCAGGAACAGUUAGUGGAUCAAGACAUUGCGGUUUAUGUACAACGACUGCUUGCUAGCUCUCACAUUCCUAAAAAUGAUCAAAACAAGAUCCAGCAAGCAAUCCUUGAAAAAGCCGGCGGAAUCUUCCUUUACGCUAAGCUGGUCAUGGAACAAAUCAUGGAACAAGAUGCCAACAUAGAGCACAUUCUUGAGACUCUACCCGCCAAUCUCAAUGUCAUGUACACUACUCUUCUCAACGAACAUUCUCAGAGGUCUGGUAUACCACAUCAUGUGCAGCUCCUAGUUCUGCAGUGGGUGACUCACGCAAAUCGCCCGCUCCGACUCCUUGAGAUGUCAGAAAUGCUCAGCGUGACACGUCAACUGGAUGGUAUACGUGAGCUCAAGGAGGCCAAGGAUAUUAUCCAACACCCUUUUGCCGAGUAUGCCGUCUUCAAUUGGCAUAUACACAUAACCAAGGCUGGAUUAUUUGCCAGAGGUCAACCAGAGCUAUAUAAACUACUGGAUAAUUUCCUCCAAGGGAACCGCCUUCUCGUCUGGCUGAGUCUAGAGUGGCCGAAUUGCGACUUUUAUGACAUGUCUCCUCUACAUGUUGCUGCUUAUCUCAAUCUGACGGAUUACAUGCGGGAGCUUCUGGAGAGGCCAGACACCAACGCCAAUGUUGUCAAUGAGAGGGAAGAAACUCCCAUCUACUGGGCUGCGUAUCAUGGACAUGAGGAAGCAAUCAGGCUUCUCCUACAGCACGGUGCCGAGUCAAACAAAUAUAACGCUACUGGCUUGACGCCAUUACACGAAGCUGCAAUGCGAAACCACGCAGCAGCAGCACAGAUCUUAUUGACUGCUGGGGUUGAUCCCCUCACUCCUAGGACAGAUCCUCAGGCCAAACGCGGCCAUUAUGCCGAGCGCAGGUCUACUGGCCGGACGCCGCUCCAAUAUGCCUGCAAGAAUGGGCAUGAAGAAGUUGUGGCCAUAUAUUUACCCUUUCUCAAUGAUAUUAGUGUUGUGUAUAACGCAUUGCACUUGGCAGCUGAGUCUGGUCAGGAUAAAGUUGUGGAAUGCAUCCUGAAACACCCAGGCAUCGAGGUGGACGCCUUCGUUUCCGAUCACACGGCAUUAUACUAUGCUUGCUCGGCAGUCAACCCUCAGACUAUAGAAGUCCUUCUGAGAGCUGGAGCUAAUCCAAAUGUCUUAAUUGAGCCGAAAUUCUAUCAAGAUCUUAGCAUAAUUCAUGGUGCAAAGGGUCUGGAUCCCAAUGGUUCAGAGCGCAUGCUUACAGCCCUUCACGUGCUGUCCAGUAGUGCUGCAGGGGACAAUCGGCCAAGCGUGGACAGGAUUCAAAAAUGUUUUGAGCUAGUUCAGGAGGUUGGGGUCGAUCUAGAGGUUCCAGAUCUCGAGGGCAAGACGGCUCUACACAGCUUGUUCUCGGGGUCAGCCUUUGUGUCAUCUGAAUCAGUUUUUGCCAUGCUACGGCUACUUCUCAAGGCGGGCGCCGACGUAAACACAACGUGCGACAAGGGAGACACACCACUGCACGGAAAUCUCACCAGCAAAGAUGCUGUCCGUCUACUCAUCGAGGAGGGCGGCGCAGAUAUCAAUAAGCGACGAACUUCGGAUGGUAGAACGCCGCUUUUAUGUCUUCUCUCUUCUCAGUCGCCGGAAACCUCGUUGGAAUUCUUAUCCUUCGGUCCAGACUGUAAUGCCGUGGAUAAUGAUGGCAAUGGCGCUCUUCACGUUGCCUUGCGUUGCCGACAUACGAAUCGCGAUCUCGUUCUUGCUCUCUUGGCACGGGGAGCCGACCCAAAUAUGAAGAAUCACAGCGGUCAAACGGCAUUGCACAUUGAGAACGAGUAUGGGAAUGGGCAUGAGUAUUUGAUCAAGCUCUUGGUGGAAUCCGGCGCAGAUCUUGAGGCUCGAGAUAACAAUGGCCGUACGCCUUUAUUUCAAAGAGUAAGCGCAUAUUUCCACCGUGAAGAUCGCCAAACGACCAGUUAUCUCAAGACCUUUGUGGAACUGGGAGCGAAAUCCGAUUGCCGCGACGACAAGGGCCGAACUUUGCUCCAUGAAGCGGCCCGCUGCGAUGCUUACGAUCGAUUUAAAUACUUCUUGGAUCUGGGGGUCAGUCCGCUUGCCCAAGAUGAAGCGGGGAAUACCAUGUGGCAUGAAGCAAUUUACACUCGGUCGUACCCGGCCCAGCGGUCAUCUUGGCAUAUGAGGAAUGGUCCGCCAAUUCCAGAUAUAUAUAACCUACUGACUGAGAGUGGAGUUGAUCCCAAUCAAGCAAACAAUCAGGGAAGAACCCCCCUGCAUAUCGCCUGCAGUAUAGAGGCUGAGGCGUCUGACAGCCAAUAUGAAAAGAACCCUAUCAAUUACUUGUUGAGUGUUUGCAAGAACCCGAGCCCAGCCGACAGUGAUGGCAUAACGCCCCUCCAUUUGGCUGCGACUAUCUCCGAGUAUCACGUCGCCGCACUCCUCAGAGUUGGGGCGAAUGUGGCAGCUGUGACUCUUGAGGGGUUGACUCCAUUGCACCUCGCAGCUCGGGCUUGUCAGUCAAACAUUAUUGGUAUGCUUCUCGAUGAAGUCGAGAAAGAUGGUUCUUCGAAUGUCUCAACUCUCGUUAAUCAUCGGGAUAAUAGUGGACGAACAGCUCUGCAUUAUGCAUGCAGAUCCGGACGCCCAGAAGCGGUAGCGUUCUUACUCGCAUCAGGAGCCGAUGUUAACAUCCGGGCGAAGGAUGGUAUGACACCACUACAAGAAUGUACCAAAUUUGAAAGCGAACUGGAGCUUUGGAGAGGCUGUGGCUCGGCCGGCGACAGACAGAAUCGUCUCCAAGCCGCAGGGCUUAAGCUUAACGAUGAAACACGACCAUUUCUGCGUAGGAUUAAGCAACCCAUGCGGGAAGACAAAGAAAUACCACCCGAGCAUACUUCAAGCCGCCUUGACGAGAUACUGGACAUGUUAAUCGCUCACGGACUAGACGUUCAUACAACAGAUACUUCCGGACGAAACCAGAUUCAGGAAGCCAUUACUCUUAUCAAGAGCCCAACAAUGCGCUAUACUCUAAGAUGCUUCCUGGCUCUGGUCAAUAGACUGGAUCCAAAACUAUUUGAAGGGGAUAUUGAGUCCCUUUCAAGCCUUCGGGAGCAGGCGGAGGCAAUGGUGGGACCUCCAGAACCUGAACAUCAUUGUAAUCAUAUACAUUGCCAUGACUCUGAACCUGACAAGUUCUUAAUAUCACGAGAGUACAGUCGCGUCGAAGAGGUCCAUCGAGAGGGUGCGGAUUUCACGGAAGCAAGCCGCGCAAAUGGUACCCCGUGGCAUAGUUUGGUCCUUGGAGGAUAUGGACUGCUCCUCGAGAAGUUAUGCACUGGUGAAGUUGUGAAAAACUUUGAAAGCAAGAAAUGGUGCACAAAGUGGCUGAAUGGUAUUACAAAGGGAAGAGGUCCCUUUGGCCCCCGAAGCAUCAGCUCACUCUUAAUUGCCGCAUGCAGCAGCAGAAUGCCGAACAUGGAGGUGGUGAAAGUGCUCGUUGAGACCUUUAAAGCCAAUGUCAAUGCGCAAACCUCUACACAGUUCUUUAAUCUGGUAGAUGGACAGAUAGUAGAGGGGGAGACUGCGCUUCACAUCUUGGCCAGAGGUCACCACUGGUGGCAGGUUCACCAGGCACUUCCUUAUCUCAUCAGUCACGGAGCCAAUGUCAACUUGAAAGAUCAGAUUAAGCGGACGCCUCUGCAUAUGGCACUGGAGAGUAUUCCAGGAAAUACUCCUAGGGUGCCUUCUUUCCAGGAGGAAGCAGCUCGAAUACUUGUCAGUGCCGGCGCAGAUAUUCACGCAAACGACAAUAUGGGCAAAAGCUGUCAGACUCUUGCGGUUAGACAUAGCAAUCCGAGAAUGCUACAAAUUAUCCUACCACCGGGAACCGCAUUAGAUAUCUCAACUUUAUUCGCUGCAAUCGAAGAAUGCAACGAUCAGCUAUUUGAGCGACUGAUAUCGGUCGGCAUGGAUCUAAACAAGAGAUGCAACGCCAAUGCUUCAGGAGACAAGCUUGGUCCAAUAAGGAGGGAUGGCGCCAUGAUUGAAUUGGAUGAGUUAUACGCGUUACUACUCGUUGACCAUAAAGCAACCCACGCUUCUGCCCCAAAUCACGGCCUCCUUUUCGGUAGUGGUUUCGGUAAUAACAUGGCAAAUCCAGCGAAACCUGAUGAUAAAUCCAAGUACAUUCGCAUGAUGGAGCUGCUUGUUUCUCACGGUGUAGACAUAUAUGCCAGGUUUGACAAGGCCAUUCAGGAUAGCAAUGCUUCUCUUGCGCCUAUGGCAUCCACAAAUGAGACCAUCAACAAUAAUGAGAAUGGCAAGUCAGGUAAACAGCCCCCUAAAGGCCAUCACUAUGAGAACUGCACCGUCAUUCACGAGCUGUUGGAAACCAGCAAGUUUAUCCAAGACAUUAUUGACUGGAAAUCCCUCGACCUGGAAUAUCGCGAUGGUAAAGGCAGGACAUUGCUUAUGGCAGCAUGCCGCAACAAAACCGUGGCCGAUGUCACCACUACGAAGCUCGUUGAACUGGGAGCCGAUGUGUCAGCCCGGGAUAGUGAGGGCAAAAACGCUCUACAUCACAUCUUGGAGUCUCAUGCACCGAAUGAAAUCUGCAAACACAACGAGGUGGUGAAAUUGAUGUUAUCUAAGCGUCCGGAGCUUGUACAUGAAGAAGAUACCCAAGGUAAUUUACCAAUCAACUAUGUUCAGCCAGGGUUCUGCAAUCCACGUAUGGGUUUCUUCCGACAAGGACCUUGCCAAGACAUUGUCGAUAUCCUUCUAGAUGCAGGUUCAGACCCAUUGCAUCCGGACGCCGACGGCAAUUUUCCCAUACAUUUCCUCGGUCACCGGCCGAAGCAUGCAUUGUUUCAGCGCUUCCUUGACAUGGGCGUUCCAAUUGACAUUCGUAAUACCAAGAAUGGUAACACGCCAUUGUUCAAUUGGUUUUCUUCAGAACCUUCAAACUUAGACUGGCCACGAGUUGGCUUACAGAGCUCACAUUUCGGUGUCUUCAACGCUGGCUCCCAAAGCAUAGCCCUGACGAGACCUCACCCAAGCACCGUCUACCCAUUUCCAACCGCAGUCCCCCCAGGUACAGCUACAGCCACCCCAAGCGUGAGCUUCCCAAACACAAACUUUCAAACACCAUUCUUGCCACAACUCGUCCUCGCAAGCACGGGCCUUCCAGUUGUGCCUCAACAGCCAGUGGAUAGAACCAAGCUCGAGGAUUUUGAACAAGAGCAGCUGGCAUUCUACGAGGAGGCAGGGGCGGAUUUCAUGGUCCGCAAUAAUGCUGGAGAGACUCUGUUACAUACCUUGGCGGGCUCAUCGUUCCAAGGCAGGCAUGGUGGAAGGAGUAAAGACGACAUCACCAUUGCAAGGUUCAAAUUUCUAGUCUCCAAAGGGCUUGAUCCUCUCGCCGAAGAUGGACGGCAGAGAACAGCUAUUGAUGUUGCUGUAGCACGCGAUAACAAAGGGUUUCUAGACUUCUUUAAGAAGUGA